UAGACCGUCUUACUUCACUCGUCCGACGUGUUUAGUUUUUGCGGAUGAGUAGUGUUUGCGUUUUCCAUUUCUGCGACCGAUGAUAAUGUUACAACACAAGUCAACAGGCAUCAGUAACCGGUAAGAGGUAUUUCACUUUCGUUUGUUCAUGAUGUGUAGAAAGACGGAAACGGACUUGGAACUUUUACGAUAUCCAGAUACUGAAUUAAUCUGUGUUAACCGGUGGCCGUGGUAGUUGCGUUGUAGGUUUUGGGUUUUUACUUUCACUAUCAACGAGCGACCCAUUGUAGGAGCGGGGUAACCUGAAAUUGCAAGCAUUGUUUGUCCCUUUAAUUAGUUACCACCAUGGUCCCCGCUGGAAAGAUCGUGAUACGGAUUGUGUUUGUGGUGUGUGUUAUUUUAGUGAUCAUUACGGAUUACUCAGGACUCGUGCAUAAGUUAAUCGGUGGGAACAGGACGGACGAAAAUGGAAAAGUGCCGCCCCGACCGAAGAACCCGGGUUAUGGGGACCCUAAAACCGAGAUUGACAUAGAUGCUGACAUCGAACACGAUUCCAUUAAACAUUUAGGUGCCGCAACAUUAAAGUCAGAAAUCUUGCAAACCAUAAAGAAUGCGUGCUUGCCAAAAUUAAUAUGUGAAUUAAACGCAACGCCGCAGAAAGACAAACUAACGGAAUCGGAAAAGUCCCUCCUGUCUCUUCUUAGAGAUACGUCGAUAAGCACGACGGCCGAACUGACAUCCAAAUAUCAUUUCGCCGCACAUAUGGGUCAGCUAAUUGCUGGAGUGGAGGGAAAUGGCUGCCAUAAUUUCUACCCGACGUGUCCUUUUCCGGGUCUUCAAGUACUGCAAAUGAUGAAAAAAGUCAGAAUGCGAUAAAGGGGAUUUUAUCGCUUGAUUCGUUCGGUUAAUUGAGUUGAGAAAACAAAGACUCCAAACUUUCACAAAAAAUCAGCGAGAGCAUAGGGACGAAAUUGGCGGGCGGUAGAAAUGUAAUGAAUGACGUCGUAAGUGUGAAUUCUUAACGUGUUGAUAGAUUGCUACCAAGUUUUAAUUGUCCUACAAGUUAUUAAAAUCAAUACUUUAAAUUAGAAAGCAGAAAAUGUAAAUUGACAGUUUGUUCAAGAGUAUACCUAUACUUUUUGUAAUUAUUAGUUACAACGUAACAAUCUAGUACAGUAAAUUGACAAAGACAAUGCGACAUGAAACUUUUACUUCUUGAUGCUUCAUUUCUGAUUAAUAAUGUACCGAGUCGGAAAAUUUGAAGGAUUAAGUUGAUUAGAAACGUACAAUCAUAAAAGUGAUCUAAUCUGUUCGAUCGAUCACAUUUAAAACGUGCCUGAUUUAUUACUCGUUAGUCGUUACCAUCUUGGAAAAAGUAAGGUUAGAAUCACUAGUCAAAUGUGACAAUAUCGUUGUCGUUCCUAACCUAAACGCAUUUAUGGGUCUGUUAUGUCGCAAUGGUGGUAGAUAAAAUUGUAACUUUAUUUAAGUAAAAUGUGAUAUUAUAGUGCUGGGCAAAUUGCAAAUAUUUCAGUAAUUAUGUAAAUAGUUUGUACAAAUUUUGACACCGCUUGUGAUGUGGUUAGUGGGAAUAUGAGCAAAAUUUUGUAUGUUAAUUCAAGUGCCAAAUUAACAUUAACACUUUUCAUGUUAAAAAUGAAAAUCUGCUGUCAUAUUCGUCAGAAUAUGUUUCUACUAACCUUUAGUUGUUGGCGAUUAGUUACUUUAUAUUAAGUACUAUUAAUAUAUAAUAUAGUUCCUGCACUGUUGUGCAUGUAAUUUGUAAAUAUGAUAAUGUAAAGGAGCUCUAUGUAUGUACUUAGUGUAGUAGAAUUUGUGUUAACUUAUUCACUUUAUGGCUUGAUAGGCUUAAUAAAUUAGCAACUUUUUUGAUUAACGUUAUACUAAGAUUGUCAUAGAUAUGAAAACGUAUAACGUAAAUAAUCAUUAAAGAUGUAAGGGUUGUGUUCAGAUCACGCGCGCUAGUCAGUAUUUCAUUCACUUUACUUCUUAUCUUAUGACUCACCUUAUUAUAUUAAUAUUACUUUGUUACAGUUAAGACUGUUCUUAUAUAAAGACACUAUGUAUUUAGUACUAUUUGUAAAUUAUGUAUAUUUUGUUAAAAUGAUUACACGUUUU